AUGGCCUGGAACCCCACAUCAUUUCUACUUGCCUCUGGGUCUAAAGAUGGGGACAUUGUAAUUUGGGAUACCACUUCAGAGUCUGGACAAGCCAGACUUAAAGGCCAUAGUGCUGCAAUAACUAAACUGGCUUUCCUCUCUCCUAUUCUUCUCAUUAGCUCAAGCAAAGAUACCCAAAUUAAGGCCUGGGAUAUCUCCAUCCAACAUUGCUUCCAAACUGUUGUUCAAGAACAUCCCAUUGGCUCCUUUGUAGUUCUUCUCAGCCAAAAUUUGCUUGUAACGGAACGAUCGAUUCCAAGUAAAGAAAGGGUCGUCUCUAUGGAUAUCAGCGGCUCUAUCCUUUAUGUUCAUUCGUUUGACAAGAGCAUCGAGCUUUAUCGGAUCUUGGAUGACGAAGCUUUGAAGAAGAAAUCCGCCAGACGGAAAAAGAGAAACCCCACAAAAGAGGGGUCGCUCAUAGAGCUUUCUGACACAUUCCAAUUUAUUACAAAUUUGCGAGCCUCGCAUAAAAUUCGAUCCGUUUCCCUUGGAAACGGAACCUCUGAGAUGAAAAUUUUGCUGUCCACGUUUUCUAAUUCUCUUCAGGUUUGGAAGCUUUUUAAAGAUGCUAACAUCCCGGAGGGUAAAAUAUCGCUUGAUAUCGAACAUUCAAUUGAAGGCCAUGGUCACAGGUCAGGAAUCGGAUGGAUCUCGUACUCUGCUGGGCUUUUUGCCACUAGUUGUUCGGAGAUGGUCAAAUUAUGGGAUCCGAUAGUAGGAAAAUCUACAGCCACCAUACUUGGUAAGGAUCUUGGCGAAGCAUCGCCAACUGCUGGCACGCUUCUCUCCAAAGAAUGGCUAGUUGUAGGUGAUAAGAUCGGAAACAUUUUUAUUGUCAAUACGGCGACGAAUGGAAUUGCCGAAAGGUAUCCACCAGCAGUGCCUGGCUCAUCAAUUUUGAGCAUUAAAGUCAAACUAGACAUCAUGAUUACUAGCGAUAGCUCCUCUGUUUACAUUUGGAGCAUCGGUAGGUCAAACACAGGUUCUCCCGUUUUCCUUCACAUUGGAACACUUGAAGAAGCCUCAGACUCCAUUGUAUCCAUUGCUUUGUCGCAUGAUACGAAAUUUAUUGCUGUAUCUCUGAUAGACUGCACCGUGCGGAUAUACUACAGAGACACCCUCAAGUUCUUCCUUUCCUUAUAUGGACACAAACUGCCUGUGACUGCCAUGGACUUUUCCACAGAUGGUCAUCUGAUUGCUACCGCUUCGUCUGAUAAAAACUUCAAAAUUUGGGGCUUAGAUUUUGGCGACUGCCACAAGUCUAUUUUCGCGCACUCAGAGGCCCUUACAGCAAUUCUUUGGAUUCCAAAGACACAUCUCCUCAUAACAAGUUCAAAAGAUAGAACAAUUAAAUACUGGGAUGGAGACACUUUUGAGCAUAUCACUACGCUCAAGGGCCAUCAUUCCGAAGUAACCGCCCUCGCUAUAUCGCCUGAAGGAAAGCUUUUGUUUUCUGCCGGCGGUCUUGAUAGAUCUUGCCGUCUGUGGGAUAGAUCAGAGGAACAAGAUGAGAGAGAUAAAGAAGCAGACGAGCGGGUUGCUGCUGAUUUGCUAAAUGAAGAUUCCGGAGCAAUUUCAGGCGAUGCUCUUUCCAAACUCACGCUUGAAGGAAAUAUGGUUGAUGGUGGAGACCAAGCAGUCAAUUCGAACUUUUUCACCCCCUCCACGAUAAAGUCACUCCAGAGUAUCAAAUCAUCGGAAAAGCUAUACGAAGUCAUUACGCUUGUAGCCAUAGAAAAUUUUGAACUCGAAGAGUUAAGAAACCAAUUGCCAUCAAUCUCGAGCGAAUCUGGGCUUUCUUUCCAGAGGCGUCCUCUUUUGCAUGCUUAUGCCUUAAGUAUGAAUUCCACCUCCACGAUGGAGUUUGGACCAAAGAUGCUUCCCGGUACCAAAGUCGUUCUUGAAAUUGUCCGUAAAAUCCCAAUGGCCGACUUGGAGCAGGCUGUUUUGAUGUUGCCUCUUCCGGCACUCAUUUCUUUCAUCAAAAUCAUUGAGGAAUGGUUUGUCAAGAAAAGAGAAGAAUGCUCGCCGAAUAGUUUUGGAGCAGCGCUGUUAGGCUUUGAGCAGCUCAAGGCCGAAAGAGAUUUGAUUGGGAAAAACAUAUCCAUCAUGAAGGCCAUUAUUUCUCACUCUUCAGGCGAAGUGGCCUUAGGCAGUGGUAGCGGUAAUGGUAAUGUUCAGCCUAAAAAAAGGGAAAAGCCUUUUUUUUAA